CUCCUGAGGUGGCUGAAAUCCCCGGACACUCCCCGGUACCGUCUCUGGUCUCGGGGGUUCGGUGGGCUGCACGGGGACGGAAGAGAAGGCUGCUUUCGACCGCAGCUCGAGUCAUUGACCCAGAGCUCAUUUUCAGGAAAAAGAGCUUCCUUCAGAAUGGUAAAAUAAUUAAAUGAGGAAUUUGAACAUUUUAUCUUUGGAUGGAAAUCUGAGAAUGAAAAGAGCAGUUGAUCCAAGCCAUGUGGUAAAAUUAGGAAUUUGAAGAGAAUGGAAAUGUUUACAUUUUUGUGGACAUGUAUUUUUCUGCCCCUCAUAAGAGGGCACAGUCUUUUCACCUGUGAACCAAUUACUGUUCCCAGAUGUAUGAAAAUGGCCUACAACAUGACAUUUUUCCCUAAUUUGAUGGGUCAUUAUGACCAGAGUAUUGCUGCUGUGGAAAUGGAGCCUUUUCUCCCUCUUGCGAAUCUGGAAUGUUCACCAAAUGUUGAAACUUUCCUUUGCAAAGCUUUUGUACCAACCUGCACAGAGCAAAUUGAUGUGGUUCCACCCUGUCGUAAAUUUUGUGAGAAAGUAUAUUCUGAUUGCAAAAAAUUAAUGGAUACUUUUGGGAUCCGAUGGCCUGAGGAACUUGAAUGUAACAGGUUACAAUACUGUGACGAACCUGUUCCUGCAACUUUUGAUCCACACACAGAUUUUCUUAGUCCUCAGAAGAAAAUAGAACCAGUCCAAAGAGACAUUGGAUUUUGGUGUCCAAGGCAUCUUAAGACUUCUGGGGGACAAGGCUAUAAGUUUCUUGGAAUUGACCAGUGUGCACCUCCAUGCCCCAACAUGUAUUUUAAGAAUGAUGAGUUGGAGUUUGCAAAAAGUUUUAUUGGAAUAGUUUCAAUAUUUUGUCUUUGUGCAACUCUGUUCACAUUCCUUACUUUUUUAAUUGAUGUUAGAAGAUUCAGAUACCCAGAGAGACCAAUUAUAUAUUACUCUGUCUGUUAUAGCAUUGUAUCUCUUAUGUACUUUAUUGGAUUCUUGCUGGGCAAUAGUACAGCCUGCAAUAAGGCAGACGAGAAGCUAGAACUUGGUGACACAGUUGUCCUAGGCUCUCAAAAUAAGGCUUGCACCGUUUUGUUUAUGUUUUUGUAUUUUUUCACAAUGGCUGGCACUGUGUGGUGGGUGAUUCUUACCAUUACUUGGUUCUUAGCUGCUGGGAGAAAGUGGAGUUGUGAAGCCAUUGAGCAAAAAGCAGUGUGGUUUCAUGCCGUGGCCUGGGGAAUACCAGGUUUUCUGACCGUUAUGCUUCUUGCUAUGAACAAAGUGGAAGGAGACAAUAUUAGUGGAGUUUGCUUUGUCGGUCUUUAUGACCUGGAUGCUUCUCGCUACUUUGUACUCUUGCCGCUGUGCUUUUGUGUGUUUGUUGGGCUGUCUCUUCUUUUAGCUGGCAUUAUUUCCUUAAAUCAUGUUCGACAAGUUAUACAGCAUGAUGGCCGGAACCAAGAGAAGCUAAAGAAAUUUAUGAUUCGAAUCGGAGUCUUCAGUGGCCUGUAUCUUGUGCCAUUAGUGAUGCUUCUUGGAUGUUAUGUCUAUGAGCAAGUGAACAGGAUCACCUGGGAGAUAACUUGGGUCUCUGACCAUUGUCGUCAGUACCAUAUACCAUGUCCUUAUCAGGCAAAAACAGAAACUCGACCAGAAUUGGCAUUAUUUAUGAUGAAAUAGAUGACUUUAAUUGUUGGCAUCUCUGCUGUCUUCUGGGUCGGAAGCAAAAAGACAUGCACAGAAUGGGCUGGGUUUUUUAAACGAAAUCGCAAGAAAGAUCCAAUCAGUGAAAGCCGAAGAGUACUACAAGAGUCAUGUGAGUUUUUCUUAAAGCACAAUUCUAAAGUUAAACACAAAAAGAAGCACUACAAACCAAGUUCACACAAGCUGAAGGUCAUUUCCAAAUCCAUGGGAACCAGCACAGGAGCGACAGCAAAUCAUGGCACUUCUGCAGUAGCAAUCACUAACCAUGACUACUUAGGACAAGAAACUUUGACAGAAAUACAAACCUCGCCAGAAACAUCAGUGAGGGAAGUGAGAGCGGACAGAGCUAGCCCGCCCAAAGCGAGAGAACAGGACGGUGAGGACCCUGCCUCCUCAGCAGCAUCCAGCUCCAGACUCUGCGGGGAACAGACCGACAGGAAGGGCCGGGCAGGCAAUGUGAAGGAUAAGAGCCGAGUGCCGGCAAGUGCGCGGAGUGAAGGAAGGGUAACUCCAAAGAACGAUGGCACUGAAACCAGCCCGGCACCGAGCAACAGCCUGCAGGCCCCCAGUUCUUCAGAGCCAGGCAGCCUCAAAGGCUCCACAUCACUGCUUGUUCACUCGGCUUCAGGAGUUAGAAAAGAGCAGGGCACUGGCAGUCACUCGGAUACUUGAAAACCUGGUUAUCAUGUUACUGGGAAGUGGAUUCAUGUUACACAGGAGGUGACAGAACUCGGUCUUUUAAGAAUCACUGUUAUAUUCUUCUUUUGCACUUAAAGCUGCAUUGCCUACUGUUACAC